AUGUCAAUCACUCGCCCUUUCCUUCUGGGCGUCCUAGCGUUCGGCGAUACGGCAUCUGCCCAAGUAUUUGCAUCUCUGUUUGAGAGCAAUGGUUCCAUGACCCUUGGCAGCGACGUAGUCCGUAUGUCAGGCGACUCAUGGUCAUCGACUUUCGCAUCAGGAUACAAUGCCACCUCCAAAGCUUCGAUUCAAUCCUACAACAUCACCGCCGAGUACCCCGGCUCCGAGCUUCCCUCACACCAAUCAUGGAACUACACCGUCAAAGUCAAGCCCUCCAUCGGCCCUCUGGCUUUCCCGGGUAAUGACACCCUCUCCAACGCCGCUGGCACCUGGCUGCAAGUCCAACACCCAAAGUCCGACCGUGUUAAAGUCCCAAGUACAGACAGAUUUGCCUGGCAGGUUCCCAAGCAUCCCUCGUGGUCAAUGUGUGGAGUCGUGUUUGUCUCCUCAGGUUGGACCCGGGACACCCCUCUCCUCGGGCCAGGCUGCACUAGCAUCCUCUCUGCCGACUGCAUCGCGGAUAUCAAAAGAAACCUGACGGAAGCCUACAAAGAACAGGAAUUCAUGGGACCAAAUGGUGCCGGGGCCAAGAGUCUAUGUCCCCCCCCUCGGCCUGUUCUUAUACCGGAGCGAUGCCGCCCGCCGUCGGGUAUUGUAGGACUUGGGGUGGGGUUGACACAGGAAUUACCAGUGAUACCGCCAGACGCCGUGCUCAUGCCCAGCGACUCCCCGCUUGGAGGCAACUCUAACGGGACGAUUGACCUGUUGGCGUUUGCGCACAUCGGUAAUGGGACGGUGGAUGCGUUUCAGCAGGCUGUCAGGCAGGUAUAUGUCGUGGGGCAUAUCUGGGGUUUGAAUGGAGAGUAUGCUGAGGAAAACGCCAUAAAAGGGGCCUCUGAAGGUCCGUGGGCAGAAGUGACCUGCCUGAAGGCUGAAGUUAUUGACGGGGGGGUGGCUGAUGAGCCUGUUCAGGAUGGGAGCGGCAAUGGGGACGACGAUGGGGUUGAGGGACAGAAUGGCAACGGAAAUGGCGAGGAAGAUCUGGGUAACCCGUUCAUUAAUGCGGCCAUGGGGCUUGGAGUUUCGACCAGGGACUUGUGCAAACUGCCUUUGGUGGUCAUGGCAGCUAGCUUCUUUUCUUUAUGA